UGCCGCUCAUUACGUCCGGACCGAACGCAAAGACUUACUUUCAGAGAGUGGACGAAGAGUUUCGAAGCCAAUGGCUGGUUCUGCUGCUACAAGUGCAAAACUACUGCUUCGACAUCAUCCCUGACACCCGAAUGUUUCCCCACCUGUGGUACCUAUCCGUAGAUUUCCAAUUCUUCCUUCUGAGCCUGCCGAUACUUCUGCUGCUGAAGAAUCGUCCUAAGACUGCUGUGGUUAUAUUUGCACUGCUAUCGCUGGUAGGAUGUUCGAUUGCGACGUGGCAAGUGGCCGGUAACGACAUGACACCUUUCGUCGUCGGGGUGACAGAGUCGCUACCAACAUUGUUGAAGACUGCUUACCGCUACUACUUCUACCCGUUCUACCAUGCCGUGUGCUAUUUUUCGGGGUGCAUAACAUUUUUUUUGGUUGCGUGGUUCAGGAAGAGAAAGAUACCGAAGAUGUUCCAGAUAGCAGCCUGGCUUCUUGCCGUCUCAAGUGGGCUCACCUGCAUCUUCGUGAAGGUUGCAUGGUACCGCACCAAAGACCCCACUACCGAGUUCGGCAAACUAUGCAUGGCCUUUUUUGAUCGCAUCCUGUGGUCCAUUUUCCUCAUCUGGGUCACCCUAGCUUGUGCCACUGGAAGAGGAGGCUUCCUGUGCACGUUCCUGUCAUGGAGUGCCUUCACGCCCCUCAGCAGGCUGGCCUUCGGCGUGUACAUUGUCCACUUGCCCUUCGCACAGCUCACGAUGCACAUCUCGCGGGAACGCUUGCACUACUCGCAUUUCUUCAUUGUUUCGUUCUCCUUCAGCGUACUCGUUUGGAGCUUCCUACUCAGCUACUUCAUGUUCAUUUUCUGCGAAGCUCCAACGGGCAGACUGGAUAAACUCAUCUUCGAGCCUCGACGUGCGACAAAAGAGAAAGAACUCAAGGACGAAGUUCCCAAUGCCAACGGUGCUGAAGGGAAGAUGUCGCAAUUGGUCCCGAAGUUACGAGAUUCGAAAGGGGAGUUUGUGCAACACAGCAGCGGCAAAGAGGCCUUCAGUGGCUUGAAUAACAACGAGGGCAAGCCUACAAGCUCUCAUCUAUAAAGUCAUUACCAAAGGCCGAUAAUUUGUGAUAAGCGUUUUUGAUUUUCAAUAUCACCGAAGCCUCUUUUAUACCUCUUCUAUGGGCACAGCAAAAAUGCUUUAUUCUCGCAUCAUUCGACGUAGUAGGGGGUUCGAGAAAUGUGCGCUUGAUCUAUUCGUAAGACUGGCCUCCUUUAGUCUCUGUAUGUGAAAGGUGGUGACGGCGCUACAUCUGUCAGGGCAGUUUUAACAAUUUCAUUACGGAUAGCAAGCAAAAUAAAUUGUUACUAUUAAGGUACACCUCUCAUAUACGUGUUCGAUCGAGGUGUCGUGCUCCUUUUCUUGUGUCUGUUUCUAUAAGUUAGCCGAUUGCUCAACGACGGAAAUGAAGUGGUACACAACGUUGACAUCCUUAGUUGCCUUCACGAAUGCCUAUUCAGCACUAAUUGGAAUGGCUGAUAGUCCUGCAUGUGAUGUUUGCGGAUGCGAGGAGAACAUUGACCACAUAUUCUGCCAUUCUCCUCAAUUUAAAGCCCAAAUACAAUGUUUGUCCAACACAUUGAGGAAAUUACAUGAUCGUCCUUUGAGCGAACAGACAGUACUAGAGCACCGUCCCCACCGAUCAUAGGCUCAGAAGACAGUGAAAGCACUUUUAUGCUUUCUCAGAACGUCUGCUUUGCGCGGGCGGCUUUAAUUCAAAUACUGUCCGUGCACGUCUCUAUGCCUUCUCUCUCUUCCCCUUCUCCCUUCCCCCAGCGUAGGGUAGCCAACCGGACUCUUGACUGGUUAAC